AUGAUAUUUGAUUUUAGGCCUGCGAGGAGUACUGCUAGAAUGCGAGAACUUGCGGGCCUUUGCCCGACGCGUCUGUCAAUUCUGCUGACUCUAUUGCUGCUCCUCAAAUGUUGCUCCUGCUAUUUGAUCAUCGUACAUGAAAACGCUCCAGCCGGUGAAAUAAUUUUCAACGCAUCUGUUCACAGGCUCGGUUCCGAUCGCGCCUACUCAAUCAAUGCACAUAAAUCGGCUAGUUAUGUUCAUCGUAUCAUUCACGUAAACCAUGACACAGGAUCAGUUCAUCUGAAGAAACAAUUGUCUUGUGAUGGCUUAUAUUAUCCUAGUUUAUUUACGUUCUACGUCGACUCGGUAUCAAGUCGUGUGCGAAAUAUUGAUUACUAUAGUUUACCGUUACGGAUUUUAAUAACUGGUGCUGAUUGUAGCGAUGGUUAUUUUGAUCUGAGUAGUCGUCUAUCAUUCGAUGAACCUGAUCAAGAAAUCCGUAACAAAAGAGAAACACGCGGCCAUAUGAGUCCACAGAAUACUGGAUUGGAGACUGCCCACCAGUACUUGCUUCAUAGCAUUCAACGGCAGAAAAUACUUCGUAUGAAACGAUCGAUUCGUUUUCUAACUGCUUCGAAAAUUCAGAAACGAGUUGAAGAUGCGAAAAGAUGGGUAUCGGAGACUUACGCCUCGUUUGCUAUUCCAACAACUGAUAAGCCAUGGCAAAGCAUUUGUUUACGAAAAUCGCAAUUUAUUAACUCAUUAGCUAGCUUUAUGCCUAAAUCGGUUGAGCAAUAUUGCAAAGUAACGUUUAUAGAUUUAAAUGAUGAUAGAUUUACGGUCGAAACUCAAAAUUUUCAUCUAGUCGCACGCGAUGAUGUUUGCAUAUAUGAAUCUUUAUGGAAGAUAGUAAUUUUAUUUAAAUUAAAUUGUGAAGGGAUCGAUGUAAUUGAUACAGAACAUAGGCUAAAAAUAGUUUAUCAUCAUCAGGAAUUCAACGAUACUGAUAUAGCUAAACGUGAGCGUGAACUCAGAAAUCAGUCUCCAUUUUUCGAGCAGGCAUUAUAUGUCGCGUCUAUUAUGGAAGAACAAAUACCACCUGCGGCAGUAACAACUCUAAGAGAGGAUCCUGAAGGCUCUACUAUAGAAUACACAAUGACGUCUUUGCUGGAUUCCAGAUCACAAGGAAUGUUUCAGAUAGAUGCGCAUUCAGGGUCCGUCGUUACAAUGGUCCGCUUGGAUAGGGAACUAGUUGAUGUGCAUUAUUUUCGUAUUUUAGCAACAGAUGACAGUUUUCCACCAAGAUCGGGAACUACAACUCUGCAGAUUAAUGUUUUAGAUUGUAAUGAUUACGCGCCCACGUUCGAAAGCUCAGAGUUUCAUGCAAGUGUACGAGAAAGUGCAUCAGCUGGAUCAACCGUAGUAACUUUACGCGCUACUGAUCAAGAUGUCGGUAAAAACGCGGAAAUAGAGUAUGCAAUAGAAAAUAUUUCGGGUGAAAAGGAUUCGACGGAUGUCAUUAAUCAACCAUUCAGAAUAGAUGCGCAAACUGGUGUUUUGACUGUUCGUAGUCAAUUAGAUCGUGAACGCGUAGAAUCUUAUUCUGUUAUUGUGACUGCUAAGGAUUUAGCUCAUCCAACGAGCGCACGUAAAACAAGUACAGCAACAGUUGUUGUAAAUGUACUGGAUGAUAAUGAUAAUUAUCCUCAAUUUGGCGAACGUACAUAUUCUGUGCAUAUCAAAGAAGAUAGCGGUAAUGAUAAUCCGGUCAUAGCUCAAGUAGUUGCAACCGACGCAGAUGCUGGUGUAAAUGCUUUCAUUCGUUAUGCUAUUAUUGGAGGAAACACUAUGUCGCAGUUUUCAAUUGACAGUAUGACUGGCCAGGUUAGUUUAGUGAAACCUUUAGACUACGAAACUACAAGAAGUUACAGAUUAGUGGUAAGAGCGCAAGACGGGGGAAGUCCAUCACGAUCAAACACAACUCAACUAUUGAUAAAUGUAGUUGACGUGAAUGAUAACAGUCCCAGAUUUUAUGCGCAGUUAUUUCAAGAAUCUGUUCUUGAAUCUGUUCCGCCCGGUUAUAAUAUUGUACGUGUUCAGGCGUAUGAUGCCGAUGAAGGUGAUAAUGCCGAAAUUACCUAUUCUAUCAUUGAUGCUACUAAGGAAGUAGUAAGUACUACUGAUUUUCCUUUAUCUGUUGAUUCCCGAACUGGUUGGGUACAUACCACAACAACUUUGGAUCGAGAAAAACAAUCGAAAUAUCAAUUUCAAGUUAUGGCUAAAGACCAUGGAAACCCGUCACGUUCCGCUUCUGCUUCCGUAUUGAUUACUGUGCAGGAUGUAAACGAUAAUGAUCCAGCAUUCAAUCCCAAACAUUACGAGGUGUCACUAGCUGAGGACGAAGUGCCGGGAACUCCAGUAGUUCAGGUAAUAGCUACAGACCCAGAUGAGGACUCUAGGUUGCACUACGAAAUAUCUGGCGGAAACACACGUGGGAGAUUUGCGAUCACUUCUCAGAACGGGUACGGACUCAUCACUGUCGCGCAAAAUUUAGACUAUAAACAAGAACGAAGGUUUAUUUUAACUGUAUCAGCUACUGAUUCUGGAGGUAGAGUAGAUACUGCAACAGUUUAUGUAAAUAUUACUGAUGCUAAUAAUUUUGCGCCGGUUUUUGAAAAUGCUCCAUAUAGCGCAUCAGUUUUUGAAGAUGCUCCAUUAGGAACUACUGUAUUAGUUGUGUCUGCGAGCGACGGAGAUGUAGGUCUUAACGCAGAGUUAACGUAUACAUUAUCCGAAGAUGCAAGUGGUCCUCAACCAUUUAGAGUAAUCGAACAAACUGGUGCAAUCGUCACAAACAACUUAUUAGACCGUGAAACUGCUAGCAGUUACUUAUUAACCGUCACAGCACAGGAUGGUGGCACUCCUUCUUUGUCCGAUACUACUGAUAUUGAAAUCACUGUGUCGGAUGUAAAUGAUAACAAACCGAUGUUUACUGCACCUAUGUAUCUUUCUUCCAUACCAGAAAAUGCUCUCAUUGGAACAUCUGUGAUUCAAGUCUCAGCUACGGAUGUUGAUAUCGGAAUGAAUGGCCGUAUUCGAUAUUCGUUGGUUGAAAAAGAUAUCGAAGAUGCUUCAUUCGUUAUUGAUCCAUCUUCUGGAGUAAUACGCACUAAUAAGGGUUUGGAUCGAGAAUCUGUUGCUAUAUACCACUUACAGGCGGUUGCAAAAGAUUUGGGCACUCCAUCACUAAGUUCUACAGCCGAAGUUCAAAUUAGAAUUGAAGAUGUUAAUGAUAAUCCUCCAACGUUCGCCAGUAACAGAAUCACAUUAUAUAUUCCUGAAAACAGUCCUGUGGGCUCGCUUGUUGGAGUUCUUCAUGCGCAAGAUCCAGAUGAAGGAAUUAACGCAAUUAUACACUACUCAAUUAUUGGUGGGGAAGACAGCAACAGCUUCAGUCUUAUGACACGCCCGGGAUCUGAUCUUGCGGAACUGCUAACUAUGGUAGAUAUGGACUACGAAUCACCUAAAAAGAAAUUUGAAUUAGUAGUACGUGCAGCUAGUCCUCCUUUGAGAAAUGAUGUCCAUGUGGAUGUUAUUGUAACAGAUGUGAAUGAUAACGCGCCUGUUUUGAAGAAUUUUCAAAUAUUUGUUAAUAAUUACAAGGAUCAUUUUCCAUCUGGGGCAAUUGGCAGAAUACCAGCAUUUGAUGCUGAUGUGACAGAUAAACUUGAUUACAAAAUAUUGUCUGGAAACAAUGCUCGGUUGUUGUAUUUGAAUCAGUCUACUGGUGAGCUAACAUUAUCACCUCAACUGAAUACCAAUGUGCCAAGACAAGCAUCUAUGAAAGUUGCAGUAUCAGAUGGAGUUAAUGAUGUACAAGCUGUAAUGACAAUGACUGUGCGCUUAGUAACUGAGGAUAUGCUACUUAAUUCGGUAACUGUGCGUUUAAAUGAUAUGACUAGUGAAGCAUUUUUAUCACCUUUGAUGAAUUAUUUCAUUGAUGGCCUUGCGGCAAUUAUACCUUGUUCAAAGGAACAUAUAUUUCUGUUGAGUGUUCAGGACGAUACUGACGUCAAUUCUCGAGUUUUAAACGUAUCAUUUUCAGCCGGUCGUUUUGACACUCCCUCUAUGUCGUUUUACAAACCACAAUACUUGCAGGAGAGGGUGUACUUGCACAGGUUGCUACUACAAAGUAUUUCUACUGUUCAAGUGCUACCGUUUGAUGACGAUUUAUGCGUUCAUGAACCCUGCUUGAAUUUCGAGCAGUGUGUUACGGUUCUAAGAUUUGGCAAUGCGAGUGGUUUUAUUCACAGUGAUACAGUUUUGUUCAGAUCAAUUUAUCCUGUUACCACAUUUGCUUGUAAAUGUCCUGAAGGAUAUACAGGGAGCAGAGAGCAUUACCUAUGCGAUACCGAAGUUAAUUUAUGUUAUUCGAAUCCAUGUAAAAAUGGUGGUGUAUGUAUGCGGAGAGAAGGUGGCUACACUUGCAUUUGUGAAAUGCCAUUCACAGGUGUAAAUUGUGAAACAGUUCUUAGUAACUGCACCGGCAAUAAUUGUAUGACGCAGCGAAAUUGUCUAAUGGAGCGCGACCUGGAUAGUAUGUGUGAAAAAUGCCCAAGAACUAAAAGUAAAGAACGGGUAACUCUGAUGUGCGAAUUACGAUCCCGAAGUUUUGUCCGCGGUUCUUACCUAACUUUUCCAAGUUUACAUCAAAGAAAUAGAUUUCAUAUAAAAUUACGGUUCGCUACAUUGGAGCAAAAUUCCUUACUUUUAUACAACGGCAGAUACAAUAAUGAGAACGACUUUGUAGCGCUUGAAAUCGUAGACGGUGCAGUACAAUUUUCGUUUUCAUUAGGCGAAGGCACUGCUACAGUUUACACAAAUGUACCAGGAGGAGUUGCUGAUGGCUUGUGGCAUAGUGUUGUAGUUGAAUAUUUUAACAGAACAGCAAUAUUAUCAGUAGACGACUGUGAUUCUACAUUGGCACUAUCUCCUGAAAUGGAAAAUAGAGGCAUAGAUUUGAUGUGCGCUAAUUCGACAUACCUCGAGCUACCAAGCAAAUGUGUAAUAUUAACUGAAAACUGCCAUAGAUAUUUAGAUUUGACAGGACCUUUACAAAUUGGUGGAUUACCUAAUGUUCCUAAUUCAUUGCAAGUAAACUCUAGAGAUUUUGUAGGUUGCAUUGGCGAUCUUCACAUAGAUCAUCGUUUUAUUGAUUUAAAUAACUUUGUAGCCGAUAAUGCCACAAUAUUGGGCUGUCCAGAGUUAUCAAAUUUUUGUUCAUCUGAUCCCUGCUAUAAUGGUGGUACAUGCAUUGAAAAAUGGGGAUCUCAUCAUUGCUUGUGUGCAGAGGGUUUCACUGGCAAAGAUUGCAAUGAAAUUACCACACCACCAUGGCGUUUUCAAGGUGAUGGCUUACUUUCAUUCAAUCCUCUUUUAAGGCCUAUUCAGCUGCCUUGGUUGAAUGCAUUAUCUAUUCGAACAAGGCAAUCAAAUGCAUUUCUGAUGUCAAUCCAAUUGGGUCAAACAAGCAAGGCUAUAGUAUCGCUGAAUGAUGGGUUUUUGCAAUAUACUUAUAACAAUGAUCCAGUUUAUUUGUCAAGUGUCAAUUUAUCGGACGGUCAAUGGCACCGAAUUGAAAUACAGUGGCUUGGCACAGAAUUAGCUUUUUCAUUAGAUUAUAAUCACAGAAUGGCUAUAUUACCUGUAACACACAAGAUUCAGGGAUUGUAUAUCGGAAAAAUUGUACUUGGUAUGGAUUCUGGAGUUUUCGGCAAUUUUGAUUAUGGUUAUUUUGUUGGGUGCAUUCAGGAUGUUAGAGUAGGAAACUUGCAAUCAGUACUUAAUCGACCAACUGUGCAGGAGAAUGUUCAGGAAGGUUGCGGAACGCAAGCUGAAUGUCCUAUUAGUUGUCCAGAAAAUUCCGAAUGUAACAUGGAGUGGGAUGAAGCUGAAUGUGUUUGUGAAAAAGGCUAUAUUGGCAAAGAAUGUAUUUCGAAGUGUGAUGUUAAUCCCUGUCAAAAUAGUGCAACAUGUCAUAUGGAUUACACAUUAGACAAGGCAUAUUAUUGCAGUUGUAACAGCUCUUUGUAUUCAGGUGAAUAUUGCGAAAUAGUACUAGAGCAACCUUGUCCGGCAGGCUGGUGGGGUGUAGGAGAAUGUGGACCAUGCAAUUGUGAUGUGGAUAAGGGUUAUAAUCCUGAUUGUCAUAAAACAACAGGAGAAUGCUCUUGUAACGAAAACCAUUAUCAGCCAGAAGGUCAGAAUGCUUGUUUUCCAUGCAAUUGCUAUAGCACGGGUUCUUUCAGUUCGACAUGCGACAAAAUUAGCGGACAAUGUUCUUGUAGAGAAGGCGUCAUCGGUCGACGAUGUGACACUUGUCCCAAUCCUUAUGCGGAAAUUACUUUAAAAGGAUGCGAAGUGGUGUACGAUUCAUGUCCACGUGCGCAGGAUGCAGAACUUUGGUGGCCUCGUACUAGUUUUGGCAGCGAAGCAAUCAUCAGUUGCCCUGCACCGGCUAGCGGACGCGCAUCGCGUCUUUGUGAUUCCACUCUGGGCGGAUGGCAGCAACCGGAUCUUUUUAAUUGUACCUCUAAACCGUUUAUUGAACUUAGGAAACAGUUAUCUCAAUUGGAACAUAAUGAAUUAACCCUGAAUACAUUUGUGGCGAUCAAAUUAGCAGAAGAUUUGAAUAAUGCUUGUUUGAAAUACAAUGAGAAUAAAUUGUAUGGGGCUGAUGUGCUAAUUAGUGAAGGUAUCUUGCAAUACCUUAUUGCUUAUGAAUUGAGUCAAACGGGAUUGAAUUUAUCUCAUAGUCAAGAUAAAGAUUAUAUACAGAACAUAGUCUCAGUUGCAAGUAUCAUACUAGACGUGCGUUAUGAAAAGGAGUGGAAUCAAAUUGCUAAAUUAACUGGAAGAAAUGUUGAUUAUUUAGUCAAAUUAUUGUAUAAGUAUAUAAAUACCUUAGCGAAAAAUCAACAUGAUACAUACACAAGCCCCUUUGAAAUCACUCAAAUGAAUAUGGUAUUAGGAUUAGACAUUGUCACAGCAGAAUCUUUAUUUGGUUAUGAACCACACUCUUCGGAUGGUGAUUAUUUAAUGAAAUCAUCUAAGCAAAGAUUAGUUAAUGACACAAACAAGUACGUGUCGAAUGAAAAUAAAUAUGCUGGAUCGAGCAAUCAACACAAAUCUAGGAUGCCUUACACAACAGAAAAAGUUGUUUUGCCAGAUACAUCCAGUUUUUUCUUUCCUUUUGAGGUGUAUGGGAAAAAGAAAUUAUCAAGAAUGAUAUCUUUUCCUAAAUACAAUAAUUUUAUGAUGUCACCGGACAAGUUCGACAAGAGGACAAAAGUAAUGGUGCCUCUUGAUGUUCUGGGAAUAAGUCAACCUGAAGAAGAAAUAACAAUGCAAAGCCUAACACGACCCAGGUCCGUUUUGUCAUAUAUUCAGUACAAAGAAGCAGGUUUAAUGUUUCCCCAAAAAUAUGAUUAUACCGUAUCAAGACGAUGGGGUGUCGACAUGAUGGUUGCGAGUCCAAUAAUAUCAGUUACAAUAUUAAUACCAGGAUAUAAAAAUGAGGAAAUUACUCCUUCUCAAGCCUCAGAUGCCGAAAGAAAUAAUUAUCCAGACUCCCAAAUACAAAUUGUUAUUAACGAGCAGUCAAUAAAUCAAACCAUGAAUAAUAAUGUUGUAAUAAGUGAUGCAAAUUCUUUGAUGAAGGGUUCGAAUACCCCAAAAAUAAAUACAGAUGACAGUUUGUCAACAGAUAAUAGAUUGUCUUAUUUAUCAGAGAACAUGAAUUAUGAUAAUGGUUAUGUAAAUGAUAUGAAAGCUCCAUUAGCAUUGCCAUUGAUCGAGGAUGAAAAAAAUAAUGAUGCUAAGCUCAUUUAUAAACCUCUCAGUAAUUUGGAUCUUAAGCAGCCAAUUAGACUUCAAAUGUGGCUAAAUUUAGAAAAUUUACAAGCUUUACCUAGAGCUAAUCCACAGUGUGUACACUGGAGAGUUACAAAUGGAGAGGGAAUGUGGUCCAGAAUUGGCUGCCAAACAGAAUUACCGCAAGAAAUGACUUACCAACAAUUAAAAUAUCAGGCUUCGACUGAUUAUGAAAAUAAUAAAGUUAUGAUAAAUUGUUCAUGCACUCAAUUAUCAACGUACGCUGUUCUUGUGGAUGUUAUCGAUCCUAAGGAAAUACCAGAACCUUCGUUACAACAAAAUAUUUUACAUUACUUGAGCUUCAGUAUAGCAUUGGUUUUAUUAUUGACUGUAUUGGUUACUUUUGGCUUAUUACGUGGACCACAGACUAACUCUAUAAGGAUUCAUACAAAUUUGAUUCUUUGCGUUUUUAUGGCAGAGUUUCUUUAUUUUAUUGCAUUACAAUCUGGAAGAACACUGAUUGAGUUUGAGUUUCCAUGUAAAUUAGUAGCAAUGUGGCUGCACUACUUUUGGUUAGCCACUUUUUGCUGGUCACUUGUUGAUAUGCUGCAUCUAUACAGAAUGCUGACUGAGAUGCGUGAUAUUAAUCAUGGCCCUAUGUGUAUUUAUUAUGGUUUGGGAUAUGCAAGUCCCGCUAUUAUCACUGGUCUAUCAGUAGGAGUUCGAGCUCAUCAGUAUGGCAAUAAUAUAUUCUGUUGGCUUUCAAUAUUUGAGUCUGUGAUUUGGUGGUUAGCAGCUCCUAUUUGUUUCACAGUUGCUAUUUCAUUGAUUGUUCUUUUCUUAUCAAUGAAAGCUGCUUUUACGUUGAAAGAGCACGUUCUUGGAUUUGGAAAUUUAAGAACUUUGCUCUGGUUGUCAGUUGUCUCACUACCUUUGCUAGUUACAAUGUGGGUUUUAGCUUUAUUGACCUCGAGUGAUAGAGAACCAACCCUGGGUUACUUAUUGGAUGUCACUAUAUUAGUACAUGGAUUCUUUAGUUUAGUGGGUUAUUGCAUAAUUAAUAAGCGAGUUAAAGAAAAUAUUUAUAGGGCUAUAAUGCAAUGCUUGGAUCGCAAGUUACCACUAUUGGAAUCAUCGAGCAGUCAGAGCCAUUUGGGAGGUUCGCGUAAUGCCGGAACAGCUGGAAAUACUGCCGGUUCAGUGGCCGUUGGAUCCGACUUACCUCGCAGACACCUUGCCAUUAGCGCAUCAAGUACCACAUCCAGAUCCACAACUAAAACAAGUUCUAGUCCUUACAGUCGAAGCGAUUGCCAUCUUAGAAGUACCAGCACUUCCAAUUCUACAAGUGAUGUUCCAUCAUAUAUGAAACGUUAUGAAAGUAAUUUACAUCGGCACAAAGAAGAAAAAGGUUCAGACAGUGAUUCUGAUUCGGAAGGCCGAAGUUUAGAUCUUGCUUCUAGUUAUUCUAGUGAUGACGACGAAAGUUCGAAUAGAAGACACCGACGUAAAGCUCCUACGAUGCUGCACAAUUAUUUGCCGAAUAUAACAGAAGCACAGAAUCCGCCUGAUCUUCAUGUUAUGAACAGUCCUCAGUUAUUUCCAAGUGUCCAAUCCAAUCCACAAUAUAUGAAACCGAUUUAUGCACCGAAGUGGUCUAGUAAGCUACCUGAUUCAUACCUACCAUAUAAUAAAGGUCGAUGGUCCCAAGAUACUGGAUCCGAUAACGAAAUCCAGCCCAAUCUCGUACAAAGCACAUUAAAAAACAGUGUUACUCAGUCGUCGAUGCCGCUGCCUAAUCCGGACCUCACAUUGGACACAAAUCACGUUCGAAAAUUGAAUGGACAAUAUGGACAUGAAUCUAUAUACGGCAGAAACAUUUCACAUAGUGAACAGAAUAUAAAUAGUAAAUAUGAAGAGGGUCAAAAUUCUACUCCGCAAAUGCCACAGUUUAUCGAUAAAAACUAUGAUAAAGUCAAUUAUGGUCAUAAUGAUUAUCGGUAUGAAGACCAACGCUCACCUUACAGCAAUGGAAAGGAUAUGUAUGAUAAGCAAGAGUUUUCAGAUAAUAUGCAACAUAGAAAUGAAGACAACUCUCAUGAAUAUGCUAUUAACUCGAGCAAUUAUUUAAAUGAUAGAUGUGGCAUAAAUGUGGUUCCACACAAUCAAUAUUUGGCGUAUUCUAAUAGUGAUAAUAUGUGCAAUCAAGAUAUAAAUAUGACCAACACGUACUGUUCUGAUUACCCUGAUAUAACAGAUAGAAUCUCUGUAAACUCGGAAAAAUAUAAUAUUUGUGAUAAAUACUUAUUUCCUUAUACAGCUGAAGAGGAUCAUUCAUCACCUACAUUGUCUAAUUAUGCUGCUAAUCCAGAUUACCAGAAUCGCAUAAUUUCACGUAGUGGGUCUCGAAGAGGAAGUUUGGGGACCAAUCAUACAUCAUCACCGCUGCCAUCACAAUACUGCCAUAGUCUUGCUUCAACACCGCAAAUUAUUGCACCAUUAACUAACAUUACAGAUAUCGAAGAGAAGAAUAUGGAUGAAACACCGGUGUAGUAUUAAAGAAGUGUUAAAAUCGAGACAAAAUUAAAAAACUGCUCACAAAGUCAAAGUAUAAAAAUUAAUACUAUACAUUACUGUCAAUUAUGAAACAAACCUUUGAAUGGGAAAUAGUGAAUUGUUUUUCUUUUUGUUCAUCACAUUUGUAUAACAAGUUUAUGAAGGCUGCAGU